AUGCCAGCACAACACUUCAUCAGCUCCGAAAACGUCAUUUAAUGCGCUUUCAAGUCUUGAGUGUUUUACGCUUUAUAGCGGCUUUAUGUGCAGAAAAGCCUUAUUUCUGCGACAAAACUCAUGCAACUGUACUGUUUCAAAAUUCCGCUGUUUUGUCCAUAGACUCCUUGAGUCUUGUACAUACCUUAUCGUUAGUAGCUUUAUCACAACGGUUAUAUAAGCAACAGGACUGCUUUGACAUUAUUUCAUAGCGUGAACAGUUCAAAUAUGCGCGUACAGUCUCUGUUAAGGAUGUCACUGUAUUUCUCGUCGGAACUGGUAAAUAUAAUUUCCGAUGCAUACUAAUCAAACAACUCACGUAAUUGCGUCGGAAGAGAGGAUACACUUUCAUAACCUCCCCAGAGCUUGUUAGCAGCUGGGUAUACAGACUGUCGGCUAUGCGGUCACAUGUUAAGCCAUCCUCGAUAAGCGCAGAUAUUUCUGUCGACAGGAAAAUGUUCGCAAGAUUCAUAACGGUCUGCGUGGUUACGGGUGUGGUACAACAGUCCAGCAGUCUGAAUAUCAUCAUUGUGUCCAUCGGCGAUAAUCCGUUAUACGGUUACUAUGCAGCCCUGCCGUACUUUGAUGUUGCUCUGCAAAUGGUUGCGGAAGCAUAUCCAGCACUGUUUGUCAACUACACCCGACAGGUUUUUCAUAAACCGGGACUACCAGAUUGUGGAGAUGCUGCGUCGGCGAUGUAUGCGGUUACGGGGGAAAUUUACGAUUUACUACAAAAUAUCCAGGGAUUUCCCCUAAUGAUGUCAUCCGGAUGCAGUCUGGAGAUGAUGACACUUGGAGACUUUGCCCGAGAAGUCAAUGUGCCGUUGCUGAUGAGUACCGGGGUGGACGCUCGGCUGGCCAUUAAGAAGCGCUAUCCGACAGUUCUGUCAUUUGCCCCAACAAGCCUGGGUAGUCAGGCACCGGCCACCGUGGCGUUCUUGAAAUAUUACAACUGGAGAACGGUAACGGUGUUCUGCGACGACAUUACGCUGUAUCCGCCGAUUUCCGCUUUUCUCGGGAUCUACUGUCGCUCACUGAAGCCAUUGUUAUCCGGUAAUUCGGGUUAUGAGUUCUACUUGGAAAGCUAUGAUUCCCGGUCGAAUCCCGAUUACGAGGUCAGAUUGCAACGCGCCAAAUCACAAAGCAGGGUGAUGAUUAUUCUCACUCGGGCUGAUGAACUUCGGAAAAUGAUGCUCGUUGCUUACAGACUGAACAUGACCAACAGCGAAUACGUAUUCAUUCAUUCCAUACCUAAUCAAGGGCCGGACUAUUUACCGCUCGUAGUGGAUAUGGGAAGCGCUGAUGACGAUGUGAUUUUCGAAGCGUACAAAUAUAUCGUCGCAAUGACUUUUGUCCUUCCUCAAUACGAAAAGAUUGAGCCGUUUAUGAAAAAAGUUAGGGAAACUGCAAAAGCCGUGUACAGUCAUACGUACACUUUCGACGAAACGCAUAACGAGCUCGUGCUAUCGAUCCCAGAAAUGAUUCUUUCGGUAGCAAAGGCCUUGAACGAAUCAGCCAUUUCAUUGGAUGAAAUGAGCGUUCAAGGCUUCCUAAACUUGUUUUACAAUCGGACAUUUUACCAUGAAUCCAUGCGUACUGUGGACAUUGGACCAAGUGGUAUGCGAUUAGGUGACACCAUAUUUUUACGACUGAAUACGACAACUAGACAAUUUGAGCCGGCGUGGCGCUUCAAAGCUCGUGCUCAGGCUAUACUGAAGACGUCCCCACUAGCAGACGAAUGGAAUGGUGCAUCUGAACCUCCGCUGAAUCUCCCGAAGUGCGGUUAUAGAAACGACCGCUGUGGUGUUGUCAAAAUCACGCUUAAUCCAAUAUUUGUUGGAGCCAUAUCCGGAAUAAUCGCCCUGUUUUGUAUUCUCAUGGGAACAGCUGUCUACUACAUCAAAUCCAAAACCAAACAACCAAACUGGUGGUAUCUCAAUACGCAUUUACUGGAGAUGCUGGUACAUCCGUCCAAUACCUGCGGGAACAGCAUCCAUAUGGCGAGAUACAACAAUGAACCGGUUUGGUUGCGCUGCGUCCACAGCAAGUACAUCCAUCACGAUGAUGAUGAAACGGCGCAUAGUGGACACGAGACGGAUCUGUUGGAUCAGUCCAGCACGCAGAAAGUCUUUGCUCAAAUGCGAACGCUAAGGCAUGACAAUAUUGCCCGUUUCUACGGCGUUGUGUUCUGGGAUGAAGCCAUCUGUGUAAUCUGGGAGGGUGGUCGGGGGACGCUCCGCUCAUUCUUAACCAAUGAAACGGUCAUGCCGGACAAAACUGUACAGCUGUUUCUGAUCUUCAACAUACUACGGGGCGUCAACUACAUUCACCAUCACACACCGUUCCGAAAACACGGCAAUCUCUCGAGUCUAACCGUCAUUUUAGAUAGUCGAUUUACAGUCAAAAUCUGCGAUAUCGCCACUACCAAAUUAACGCACUUUGUACUGGAGAAGCAUGUCCAUCUUGUGGACAUAGCGGUUGUUCAGCCACCAGAAUACGAGAACGCUAAAUUCUUCCAAAAUUCAGCACAUGUGGUGGGUACCGUUGAGGCGGAUAUAUUCUGCCUCGGUAUCGUUUUGUACGAAAUAAUAAAGGAAAAAAUUGUAGCAACGGACAAGGAUUAUCAACUCGAUGCCAUAAAGACAGUCGGAGAAUUUCACUUGGAAAUUAAGUCUAUAAUUGAGCAGUGUUGCUCCGUGUACCCCAAAGCGCGCCCAACCAUCUGGAACAUUCUAGCUCGCGUCAGCGACUAUCAGCCGCGUGGUACAGUGGUCAGUAGCUUAGUCAGUCGGUUAGAAAAAUACGCGGAUCAGUUAGAGACCACUGUAAUACACCGGACCGAAGAACUAAUGAUGGAACAAAGGAAGGUCGAUCUGUUGUUAGCAGAAAUAAUACCUCCGUCUCUAGUGUCUUCGUUACGAAACAAGGUCCCGGUUCCGGCGGAGACCUUCAGCUGUGUGACGCUCUACUUCAGCAGUAUGUUGGGAUUCGAUCAGUUCUGCAAAUCCCAAACACCAUUAGAAGUUGGACAGUUCCUCAACGAAUUGUACACCGCUCUCGACAAGCAGAUUUCAGCUUUUGAUGUGUACAAAGUUGAGACAAUAAAGGAUGGAUAUGUGGUGGUGAGCGGUAUCCCCAUUCGCAAUGGGGACCAGCAUGCGCUUGAGAUUGCUCGUAUGGCGCUGUCCAUUCUGCAUAUGUGUACAACGACGAAAUUCAAGGUCCACUUGCCCAUUCGUAUGGGUAUUCACAGUGGGCCCAUAGCAGCGGGAUUUGUUGGCGUAAAAAUGCCGCGAUAUUGCUUAUUUGGAGAUGCCAUGAAUACGGCAAGUCGUAUGGAAAGUCACGGAGAGGGCUCGAUGAUACACGUUAGUCCCGAUACAAAACUAUUACUCGGCGCUGCACCGGAAUUCCAUCUGGAAAGCCGCGGAAUAUCCCAGAUCAAGGGCAAAGGCCUUAUGGAAACGUUCUGGCUCAAAGCCAGAGUUUAGCAAACUGCACAUUCAUCAAGAAACUAUCAGUC